UCUGCCCGCGCUUUCGUAACGAUGAGAUCGAACUUUCCUCGAGCCUUGAGUGGAAAGUGUUGCUGGCACUGCUUCGAGGAAAUUUUCCCUCUGUAAGGGAUCCUAUCUGCGAGGGGCAAUUCUCAAUCAAUCGUGGGUCAGAGUUGAUUCGAUUAACUGGUUAAUAGUUCGUUUAACCGAUCAGUGGCAGUUAGGAGGCGACUGAACGACGAUCAUAAUGAGAUUAUUGGUGCGAACGUUUGUGAUUCUUUUUUUUCUCUCAGAGACGUGGUGCCUGUUCAAUGGAGGCGUGUUUGAUCUGAACUUUUUCAAAUGCAUGUGGAAGAAGAACUACGAUUGUCCCCAUGAUGAUAUACGGUUCUUUCUAUACACUCCCACCGUGAAGCGUGGCCGGGUGGUGAAUCUCCACAAACCAAAGACUUUCUUCAAGGCGGGUUUCAAGCCGCACCGGGAAACGGCCAUCAUCAUCCACGGGUUCAAUGGAACCCAAACUAGUCGUCACAUAAUGUACCUUAAAGAUGCUUACCUCUCUCGCAAGUUCAACGUGAUCGCCGUCGACUGGGAGCGAAUCUCGCAGUAUCCAUGCUAUCUUUCGUCGCUCUCGAAUACGAAGCUAGUCGCCCAAUGUUCAGCACAGCUCUACUCAUUCCUCACCUUCACCGGUAGCCGGAGUAAACACAUCACCUGUGUGGGCCACUCACUGGGAGCACACAUCUGCGGGAUGAUGACCAACCAUUUGACCAAGCCACAGCAUAAAAUCAUCGGUUUGGACCCAGCGCGGCCACUAAUUGAGAAACACGCGUCGACGCAGUUCCGGUUGACGCGGGACGAUGCCAACGUGGUGCAAAUAUUUCACACCAAUGCCGGUUUCCUGGGACAAAAUUCUUUCACCGGAUCGGUCGAUUUCUGCAUCAACGGUGGCCGGACCCAGCCGUACUGCAAAGGCGAUCCCAUUCGAAAAGCCCGCUGCAGCCACUUCCUGAGUGUCUGCUUCCUGGCCAACGCCAUCUACAACCGCCGACCGAUGGCUUCCUUCCGGUGUGCGAACGGUUGCAUUCGGAACAACCGGCUGCCCUUCCUGCCGUCGGACAUCAUAUCGCUCCGAAACCCGCUGCGGAUAGGGAUGUCCCUGCUGGGACAGGAUACCCCGGACACCGCGAGCGGCGGUUAUUGUGUUCAUAUGGACCAGGCGAUGAAUUGUCCGUUCAAUUGAAGGCGCUCGGCAGGGUCUUGUACAUUUUUGUAAAUAGAAUUGGUUGUGAGGUUAAAUGUAUGUGAAAAAACUAAGAGCGUAACGAGUUCAUUGAACGAGUGAAUUAAUGUGAUAAAGUCAGAUAUAGCAAAUAAACUAAUUUGAAUUAAAUACAUAUUUGGCCUAGUUUUUUUUUUCAUAAACUUGAAACUGAAUGGACAAUUGCUGCAAGAUAUACGGGAAAUUUCCCAUACGCUAGAUGCAUUAUUGGUUAUUCUUUCGGUACGAUUCAAUUCACGCCCAAGUCUAUGAUAUAGGUAGCUUAGAAAAAAAACUUCGGUCUCACUGUAUCUCAACUCACUCGAAGAGACACUUAAGCUGAUCAGGAAAAGGUCAAGUUCAGAAGAAAUGAUGCCAACAUCUCCAUUGUACCACAAUUAACAUGAAACGGUGAACUCACUAGGGUUAAUAAUAGAACCUGUGAAUCUCGUCAAUUAAUUAUGGUGUCAAGCCGUUAAUGAUGGCGCGUCAUAAUCGCAUAAAACACCAACGGCCAGACAGCGUGUUAUGAUGGAAUGUUUAUCUUACCGACUUAACUUACCAACCUGUUGGGCGAUGACGAUGCGGUUUCUUCUGCACAGCAAAUAAGCAUCUAUUAAGAGCGGCGGCAGCGUGCAGCGUUAUUUAACUUCUGGCACGAGUUUCUGCUUAUUUCUGCAAUUGCUUUUGACACAAAUAGGUAGGCAUCUAUAAAUAGAAGCAAUUGUCGUGAAAUUGAAUGAUUACUCUAGUUUGAUCUGAUACAAUUCUGAUGGCAUUUGAUAUGACAAGUAUCAGAAACAAUAAAUUUUCACUACAAUAAGUUCAAUACAAAAUGAGAGAUAGAAUAUUGGAUUUUUCCUAAAUAUCCUCAAAAAGGAAACUGGGCAAAUCUGACUUCCGGUGUACACGGGUUUGCGAUGUUUGGUUCGAGAUCUUAGCGAGCCAAACAUUUUUAGUUUGACAGAGAUGAAUGAAGUUUUAAGUUUAAAGUCUCUCUAAU